AUGAAACAACCGUUCUCCCUUUUUUUGUUCGCUCUUUGCAUCAUUGCUUUUUGCUCGAGUGCCAUGAUGAGCUUGGCAACAGCGAGAAGCUCCACCCAAGUUGGUGCCAAGGGUGAACCUUUGAUUGUCCUUCCUUUAAGUGAUUACAACAAUUUCUAUUACACCGUCAAUGCACAUUUCGGAACUGAUAAAAGUAAUACUUUCAAACUGUUGGUGAAUACUAAUGGUGGUUUAUUGACUGUAACUUCCACCUUAUGUGGAUAUCAAUGCUGGAAACAUCCCAAAUACGAUUCAAGAAAAUCCAAAACCUAUAAACCCGAUGGAAGAAAUGUUGAGUGGGAUAUUGGAGAAUUUCAGUUUUACGGCACUUUGGCCAAUGAUCAAAUUGCCUUACUUGGCAUGGAUAAUUCCGAAGCUCUCGUAGUGAAAAACGUAACAUUUGCUGAACUGGUCAAGGCCUCCGAUUCGUUGGAGGAAACCUAUUUACAAUAUGAUGGAUUGUUGGGUUUAAGCUUGCUGCCAGAACCAAGUGCCAAUAAUAUUUUUUCAUUUCCUUCCUUAAUGAGCUAUUUAGUGAAACAGCAAUUAGUAUCUCAAAGGAUAUUUUCAGUGUAUUUGAGUGAAUUUUUCAAUAUGAAUCAACAACAUCAGAAAGGAAAGGGAGCUCUUGUGUUGGGAGGUUAUUCCAAUGAUUACUAUGUUGGGGACAUGAAGUUUUAUCCAAUUCCAAGUGAUGCCAGACAUUGGAGUUUUGAAUUUGAUGGCUUGAAGGUGAAUGGACGACUCUUCCAAAAUCUUGGUUGUGGUAUUGGCUACGGAAAGAAAUGUGUGGCUCAAUUGGAUACAAGUGCUUUUACAAUUUUUACUGACACUUAUACAUUUUCGUAUUUACAACUUGGUGCCAACGUCUCGAUUCCUGCUGAUUGCUCACAAAUCAAACUCUCGAGUAUUCCAACCUUUGCAUUUGUGAUUGGAGGUAAUGAUUAUGUAAUCAAACCACAGGAUUAUGUGAUUGAAAAUAAGGCACCACUGUUUGGUCAACUUGUGUGCCAAGGAGCAAUCAAUCAAGCGGAUUUUUUGCAACCAGGAGAAUGGAUUUUUGGAGCUGUGUUUCAAUCUCUUUUCUACACCGUCUAUGAUCAACAAAAUGGUCGUAUUGGUCUUGCAACAGCAAAGCAUAAUUAA